ACAUGGCAGUGGUCGGUAGGAGCUGUAGCAAUCUUCCUCUGUUGGAUUAACCUGGUUCUCUUCCUCCAGAAGUCCGCGAUUGGAAUCUACGUGGUCAUGUUUAAGGACAUCCUCAACACCUUCAUGCAGUUCGCUCUUGUCUUCUUUCUGUUCAUUGUUGCCUUUGGUUUAGGAUUCUACUGUCUACUGCAAAGCCAGGAUGCCUUUGCGACGGUGUGGGAGUCGCUAAUAAAGACGACUGUGAUGAUGAUAGGAGAGUUUGAGUACGAGGAAAUCUUCUACGGUGCUCAGCUGGACUACUACCCAGAAAUCACCUACGUCAUGUUCGUCGUCUUCAUGAUCAUCAUGUCCAUCAUCAUCAUGAACUUACUGGUUGGUUUGGCUGUAGACGACAUUAAAGCUGUACAGGAGCAGGCCGCUCUCAAGAGAAUGGCUAUGCAGGUUGAUUUAGCUUUGGAUGUUGAGAGAGUGGUACCAGAAUUUAUAAGGCGGCGAUUUGUGGCAAAAUGUGACACGUACAGACCCAACAGGAAGACGUUGAACCCCCUGAAGCUUCUGGCUCGAGCUGAAGCUGGAGAUCUGUCAUCACAGGCAAUCUCUAAAGCCCUGGAUCCAGAUCUGGAUGAGAUAGAGAAAGUCAUGGAGACACAAGAGAAGCUACAGAAGGACAUCUCAAAACUGAAGGGCGGGGUGAAGAACAUCCGAGAACAGAACGCGCGUCUGGAGGGGAUGCUGCGAGUCCUGCUGGAGCAGUCCGGUGUCACGGACUUCAAUGAGGAGGACUUCCAGGACCGGGACUAAGGGGGGACCAUCUCAAAGGGGGCAAAAACCUUACAUAGGAGCUCUUAAGGGGGCAUCUCCAAAUCUAUCUAUUGUCCUAGUUUUUUUCUUAUUGUACUUUAAUGUUUGUGUUAUUAUUGUGAUUCUAAAGCUAUAUCUAACUUUGAUAUUUACCACCCAUAGGUGUCUAAUCUAUGGGAAACAUAACUCUGUUGUAAGAGAGGCUAUCCAGAGUUGCAUUCCUUUCUCUUUGUGUCAGUGUAGCUUUACUCUUGCUUUAUGAAUCAGAUUUGAGUUUUCAGGGAGGAGUGAAAACAAUGCAAUAUUUGAUACAUGUAUUUUGAAACUAAGUUAUCCAUAAAGAUUAUUUAUAAAGGGUAAAAUUAUUAUAACCAGAUGCUAUUUCUGUUUCCUUGUUUUGUUCAUACACUUUAAGUAGAUAUAUAAUUGUCCUAUGUACAUGUAAUUAAAGUGUUUUAUAAUAAUUUCUUUUUGUUAAUAAUAACAGCAUAUUUGCUAAGUUUUCUUUUUUCACUAUGUAUUCCACCUUUAGUUAUCAUUAUUUCUUUGUAUCAGGAGAUAUGUUACAAAGUUGUGUAGAUUUUACUGCUCUAAGCACCAUUUAAUAUGUUAGUGGUGGAAGUAAUUAUAUACAUCUCAUACUCCACAAAAACUCAACAAAAACACUCUGUGAAUUUUAUGGUUGUUGAUUUACACAAAAUUUAUUUUUACACCAUAUUGUAAUGGCAGAACAUCAAAUGUCAAACGCUACAAAAUCUCCAUGACUUAUUUUGAAACAAUAAUAUUUAUUUAAAAGAUUUUUUCAUAUUAAUUUGAUGUAAGCCUCUCUUAUUUUACCUGCUUGUAUUUUUGAAAUGUGCAGCCCCUUGGGCAAACAGCUGAUAAUAAAUACCUCAGAUAUUAAGGUCACUUAUUUUAAAAUCUGAUUUUUGUCGUGUGACUCUUGAAUAUGCAAUUCUCAAGUAUGUAUUUUCUACAAUCUCUCCUCCAUGCCUUUGAGUUGAAGGACAAUCUUUCUAAUGAAUCAGCAUCGAGCGCUUUACUAUCUGUAAAUUGUGAUAUACAUAAUUUAGUGGUGCAUUAGUUACUGUAGAAGUUCGGGGUUUACGGAUCGUGGAUAUAGCUCAGUGGUUUGAGCACCUGACUAGUAAUGCAGGGGUCCAAGGUUUGAAUCCCGGUCCAGCCAUGUUUUCUUCAUGUAUUUCUCCUUUCUUACUACAGUUUCCUUGAUUUUAGUAGACAUGUAUUAGAAUGUUAGUACAUUUAGUAUCGUAUCAAUUUUGCUCAAUACUGAUUGUGAUGACUGAGUACGAAACUUGAAAUACUUGAACAUGCUGUUCCAAAUUUGAACAAACUAUUUGAUAUUAAUGUCGAAAAUGCAAAGAGUGAUUUAUUUACUUGGUAGUGAUUGAAUUUUUCAGUUUUCUCCACUUGUUCACUAUCCAAGUGUACUUUACGGUAUUCUGUUAGACAUUGCUUUUAUGUACCAUACUUUAAGUAGAUUUCAUACGAUUUUUUCCCUUUGUUCAGUUUUACAAAUCUGCUACCAAUUAAAACUUUACAAUUGCAUGUUAAACCUUUUUACUGUGAUAUUUUGUUUGGCCUUUUUGGUUUAUGCCAUUAGUGUGGAACACAAUGACAGGACCAAUAAUUUACAUCUAUUGAUUAUUGUUUAUUUCUAUGGCAUUCAAUUUUAAUGCAUUUUGUUUCAUUUCCAAGCAGUUUUCUCUCUAAUUUAUUGGGUAUUCUUCAUAGACAUAUAGCAUAUUCUGAUUUUUGACAUGAUGAAAAUGCCUAUGAAAUCACCAUACAUUUUAUUUUUUGUUUCCAUUAACAAUUUUUUUCAUAUAAUUUUUAUACUCUUGGAAUUUUUUUUAUUCCUAUGUCUAUUUUCUAUAUUGAUGAACUGAAUUCUGUCUCUCCUUAUGGGGAAUUGGACUGAUUUUACAGAAAAUCUUACUCUGUGAGUAAUUGUUGCAUGUUUACUUAAAGUAAUUGUUCUGUUUGAUUUUACCUUGGCCUUCAUAGACAGAACUAUUCUCCUAUUUAUAUAUUUAUACUAAUGUUAUGAAAUACUUUUCAUAAUUCUUUGUAUAC